ACAGCAGAAGAAGAAGAAGGAGGAGGAGGCGCGGAGAUUUGAAAACAAAAAUGGCGAAGGUCCGAGAAGUUCUGCAGCGCUGUGACCCGGUUCUGUUGGAGCCCUGCGAUGAGUCCGAACCGGACUGUUCGGAGGCUUUAGGGGUGGUUCUGUUCCUCACGGAGAGUCGGCGUGUGCAGAAGAUUCUGUGGCGUCAGCUGUUUGUUCUGGACUCCAUGGUGUCGCUUCUGGAGGGCCUGGAAUCUGCCCAGCAACUGAUGACACAGCCCUGCCCCCCGCAGCCAGAGGUCGGCGCUCGCAGCAGGUGGAAGGCUCUGAAGGCGGAGCUUAGCUCUGGGAUGGAGGAGACGGAGGAGCUGCUCAGAUCCCUGCAGGAGCGACUCCAGCAGAUCAGCAGCAGGAGACGCAGGCUGACUCAGCUCCUGCAGCUUCUGCACAGCAAGCGGCGACAGCGGGAGCAGCUGGCGGUGUCGCUGCUGAAGGCCCAGAAUGCUUUGCUGUCAUGUGAUCAGCAGCUGAAGCAGCUUAGAGGCGAGGCGGCGGCGGCGCUCGGUCAGCUCCUCUCAUGGCAGCGGUUUAGAGACACGCUGCAGGAACACGUCGUUGCCAAGCAGGAAGUGAUGGAGAUCAGGCUCAUCUCCUUUAACCAAUCAGAGAUGUUGGUAGAGAUCAGGCCACGCUUCCCCUCCGAUCCUUCGUCCAAUGAGCUCGAGCCGCUGAGGCUGUCGGUCAGCUGGCGCCACGACGACCGCUUCCUCCUGCAGGUAGACGAGCAGGCAGCCGGCUUGGUGGAGGGCUGCGGGUCGGGCUCCUGGAGCGAGCUGAGCACGCAGCUGCUGGCCGUCCUUAAGGGCUACCGGGGGCAGGCGGAGCUGCUCUGUGAGAUACAGUCGCUGAGGUCCUGCUACGCCAUCGACUGGUGCCCCGCCCAGCGGCUGCUGGUCUACCUGAAGUCUGCGUCGCUGGUGUGUCACCUGGAGGUGGAGGAGGGCUACCCAAGACACGGACGAGCUGUGCUGCGCUGCGUACGGCGGGACGGACAUCCCGUGGACACGGCGGCACUCAAGCCUCACACUGCUAACCCCUCCCUGACCAACUGGCUGGUUUUCCUCAGCACCAGUCCUCUGAUCUGAACCGAUCCGGUCCGGUCUGGUCCUGUCCUGCUCUUCCUGGGACCGUCUGUGUCCUGCCGGACCUUAAACCUGUGAACCUCUGACUGCUCCUCUUUGACACCAGCUUCAUGUUCAUGUCGACUUUGAUCCAAACAGAAUAAAUAAUAAAAGGGCUGCAGCUGAGUGUUUAUUUUAUCAACUUUAACAGAUACUUUUAAUUAAUUUCUUUAAAAAAUAGAAUAAAAACCAUUAAAGACUAAAACGUUUGCUAAUAUCCUCAUGUCUCCAUAUACAGUAUGUCUAAAAGUAAAGAGCUGCUUAGGGCCCCAAAUUCCUGGGGGCCCCAUCAAACUAUUCCUUAUCCUUAACAUCAGUUCUAAACAGGCAACAGGCAGCUCAUGUUAUAUAGAAUGGGUCUGUUUGAUGCCCCCCACUUGUCUUUGCUUAGGGGCCCCAAAUUUCCUAAAUCUGCCCCUGCCCAGAGGCGCAGAAAGAAAGUUUUUAUAAGGG